CUCUCAUGCUUUCUCCGGAAGGUGACUAAGCGGUGCUGACAUGUCUGGCCGAGGCAAAGGCGGGAAGGGUCUGGGCAAAGGGGGCGCCAAGCGCCACCGCAAGGUGUUGCGCGACAACAUCCAGGGCAUCACGAAGCCCGCCAUCCGGCGGCUGGCCCGGCGCGGCGGCGUCAAGCGCAUCUCCGGCCUCAUCUACGAGGAGACCCGCGGGGUGCUCAAGGUGUUCCUGGAGAACGUGAUCCGGGACGCCGUCACCUACACGGAGCACGCCAAGCGCAAGACGGUCACGGCCAUGGACGUGGUGUACGCGCUCAAGCGCCAGGGCCGCACCCUCUACGGCUUCGGCGGCUGAGCGCCUCGGCUCUCCUACCUCCACAAGCACAAAAAGGCCCUUUUCAGGGCCGCCCACGUCUUUUCACGAAAGAUCUGUAGCUUUUGGUUACUUUCUAGGUAUCUUGUGCUGUAUCGUGUGCCCACCUUCCAAAUGCGUAUAAGAAUUGUUAGUUGUCCGCUCUGUCGUGCCCCUUUAUCUUAAUCCGAGGGCUUUUUACGUUGAGGCUUAGUUGUUAAGCCGUGCUGUGGCUCUGCCGCAGUCGGUUUGUCUUAAGCCUUGGGCUGCCCAUUUUUGGGUGACAGACAAGGCCACAUGGUAUUGUCGGCAUUUCCGAGGAGCUUCCUUCGUCCUCGAGCACUUUCGAGUUCGAAAUCAGGUGUCUUCAAGAAUUCUUUUUUGGCUGUUGGCUCCGAACCACCCCUCCAUCACCCGAAAAUGUCAUCAGAAGUAUUCCACUUCCUCCAGGGUCUUCCAGCUGGACUAAACUUUACAGGAGGACAUACUAACAGGAGGAAAAAAAAAAAUCCAAAGGUUUUAUUACCUGCACCCAGAGUCCCGCUCCUGAUCUGAGAAAGUGGACCCUGAGAACACACGUUUCUGAUCUGUUGAGCUGGUGUUCCCCUGUUGUUGUGGAGAUGCCGUCUAUAUGAUACUGUAGAAGAAGUUAAGUCAUCAGCCCAGAGACUUCCCUUGAACUCCACACUCAGAGACCCAGCUACCCCCUUGACUUCUCUGUUUGGAAGUCCAUGAAUAUCCAUUUCCAAAUCUGACACCACCACUGCAAGACCAGCCUCUCUCGUCAACAUCUUGAAUUUGGAAAACGCCGAGUCCCACCUUUCAGCUGGAGUUGUUUUCGACUCUCCAGUCCAUAGUAGGUCCUGUCAGCUAUACCUGCAAAACACAGCAAGAAGGCAUUUCCCUUUCCAGCUCUUUCCCAUCGCUGGUGCUCUGGCCAAGCAGCCGUCACUCUAUCGUUAUUCCUGCAGCCCUGUCUGCUUCCGCCCUCCUAUAUUUCACACAGCAGCCAGGGAUUAUAAUAAAGAGUAAAUCAGAUCAAGUCGCCUCUCUGCUGAAAACCCUCCAACGGCUCUCAUUUCACUUAAAGUGAAAGUCAAAGUCCUUACUCUCUUGGCCCUUGUUCAAACUGUCUACUCUCCCUCUCUUUCUUAGCCCAGUGACACUGGCCCUGGAACUUUUCAAAUAGGCCAAGUACACAGAUCUUUUAAAGACUCUUCUUUCUACAUGGGCCUCUCAGCUCCCAGAUCCUUGGAGGCAUCCAUCGCUCCUCACCUUCUUCACUUUUUAAGUCAAAUAUCCUUUUAGGGAGGCUGUCUGUGAUGGCAUACCAACCCCUGAUGCCCCCCAGUCUGUUUUCUCUGCUCUUGAGAAGCUUGCAGUCUAUUUGGGAAGUCAACACCCCCCCACCCCUGCCCAUGAAAUGUGAAGCAGAAAUGGACACCAUAAAGGGUGUCCAAAGAGCAUAAGUCAAGUCCGUAUUGGGAGUCCUAAGCGGAUGCUUGCCCAGGAGGCUCACUGCCAGGCUCAGGAGGCCUGUCAGGCCCGUGACGGGGAUCUGGGCUUUACUCUGGACAACAGGGAGCUAUGCAAAGUUGUGUCUCCUUUUGUCUUUCCCUACAGUUUUUCUCAUUGUGGAACAAUUAUCUUUUUCAAAAUCAGUUGUUGCUCUUAGCAUACUGGAUUUCAAUGGUGCAUGUGUAUCUCUUUCCCCAUUAGAGUGAAACUGUACUGAAACUCUCAAGUGCCUGGAUGAAUAGAUAGGAAUGAAGUGAAGGUUAAACGGAUGUACAGUUAAUGAAAUGAAAAAGGCUACACAAGUAACCUUGCAGAAAAGAAAAAUAUUUCUAGAAGGAUCCAUUGAAAUACACAUUUUGUGUGUAUCAGCAGUGACUUUGGCAAAGUGCCCUGCUUUGUCCCUUGUGGGCCUCUACAGACUUUUGGGAUCUAAGGGGUGAUUUUCUUUCUUAUAAACAAAACCCAGUAUAGGCAACUUUUAAUAGCUUAGGAGGCUUCGGUUUUGUGGAACGUGAGGUGAUUCCACCAAUAUAAUUGCACAUUUCCCUUUAUUAGCUUUAUAACUUAUAAUUCUCAAUAUAUACAAAGGAAUAUCUGAACUACGUGUACAUGUUAUAAAGGAUAAUAUGAUGAUGACCACAUUAGAACCCAAUUGCUGGGGCACCUGGGUGGCUCAGUUGUAAGCGUCCGACUUUGGCUCAGGUCAUGAUCUCAUGGUUUGUGAGUUCAAGCCCCGCAUCGGGCUCUGUGCUGGCAGCUCGGAGCCUGGAGCCUGCUUCGGAGUCUGUGUCUCCUUCUCUCUCUGCCCCUUCCCUGUUUACGCUCCGCUCUCACACUCUCUCUAAAAAUAAAUAAACAUUAAAGAACCCAAUUGCCAACCGGGUUAUACAAAUAUUCCCAAUCCAUUGCUUUGGCCUAAUUUUGUCCUCCUUCAACCCCACCAGAGAUAGCCACAGUCUUGAAUUCUGUCAUUUUCUUGCCUUUAUUUCUUAUCCUUUUA